GUGAAGGUAUAUAAGCUAGCGAGAGUCUCUGAGGGGUUCACUGCAGUGAGCAGAUUCUUCUGAGCGAAUCCACUCUAGUCUUAGAGAUAACCCCAAGUUAAAAAUGGCAUUCGCUGGAAUUCUGAGUGAAGCUGACAUCACUGCAGCCCUCGCGGCUUGCCAAGCUGCCGACUCUUUCAAGUACAAGGAUUUCUUUGCUAAGGUCGGCCUGACUGCCAAGUCCCCCGAGGACAUCAAGAAGGCCUUUGCCAUCAUUGACCAGGACAAGAGUGGCUUCAUUGAGGAGGAUGAGCUGAAGCUGUUCCUGCAGAACUUCUCUGCCAGUGCCAGAGCUCUGACCGAUGCUGAGACCAAGGUGUUCCUCAAGGCCGGUGACUCUGAUGGCGACGGAAUGAUCGGAGCUGAUGAGUUUGCUGCCUUGGUCAAGGGUUAAAUGAAUAAGCUGACCAACAUCUUACUUCACUACUCUAAAGGAACAACUUGAGCCAAGACAUACUCCUCCUCUCUUCUCCUCUUCCCUCUCACUCUCUCUCUCUUUAACUUCCCCUACCACUUUUAUACACCUUUCACCCCCUCCUCCCUCCCCUCCUGACCCCCACUGCACACAAACUGCUACCCCCCCUCCUCUCACUCUCUCUCUCUCUCUGACCGUGCUCACCCCUUUGCUGUCCACAAUGAAUGUACCUGACUAAGUGUAUAGCGUGGUUGACUUGUGUCUUUCUCUCUCUCUCUCACUUCUGUCGUCGUUUUACUAUGUGAGUUUUGCUUACCGUGAGAUCAAAUGAUGCACUUUUAUGGGAAACGGACGGACGAUGAGAAAACAAUAAAGGUUCUUUUUCAAUAACA